AUGACUUCCUUCGACGCCUACACGGAUCGAGCAGCGAAAGCGCUUGCAGACAGCUUCGAUCUAGCUAAGAGCUAUUCGCACUCACAACUCACACCCAUUCACCUUGCCGUGUCACUCAUAGAUCCACCAAAAGACCUCGCAAACCAAGUCGACGUACCGCCUCCACCGCUGUUCAAACAAGUCCUCGAACGUGCCAAUGGCGACGCACAACUCUUUGAGCGCAACCUCAAGAAGGCGUUGGUACGAUUACCAAGCCAAGAUCCACCUCCAGAGCGGACAUCACCCUCACCUGCCAUGGCGAAGGUGCUGCGCUCAGCCGAAGAGUUGAGCAAGACCCAGAAGGACAGCUACAUUGCGGUCGACCAUCUCAUUUCAUCUUUAUGCCAGGACGCAUCAAUACAACGCGCCCUCUCCGAAUCCAACGUACCAAACACAAAGCAGAUCGACAAUGCGAUUCAGGCAUUGCGAGGCACCAAGAGGGUCGACUCCAAGACGGCAGAUGCCGAGGAGGAGAAUGAGAACCUCAAGAAGUUCACAAUCGACAUGACGGCCAUGGCACGAGAAGGCAAGAUCGACCCUGUUAUUGGUCGUGAGGAAGAGACGCGCCGAGUUAUACGCAUCUUGACCCGACGAACGAAGAACAACCCGGUUCUCAUCGGAGAGCCAGGUGUUGGUAAGACUACGGUUGUGGAAGGUCUUGCCCGCCGCAUUGUCGAUGCUGAUGUCCCUGCCAAUCUUGCAGCUUGCAAGCUGCUCUCAUUGGAUGUUGGUGCCUUGGUUGCUGGCAGCAAAUAUCGUGGAGAGUUUGAAGACCGAAUGAAGGGUGUCCUAAAAGAGAUUGAGGAUUCCAAGGAGAUGAUAGUAUUGUUUGUGGAUGAAAUCCAUCUGCUCAUGGGCGCUGGUUCUUCAGGAGAGGGUGGCAUGGACGCGGCUAACCUGUUGAAGCCCAUGCUGGCCCGUGGACAGCUUCACUGCAUCGGCGCUACUACCCUUGGAGAAUACAGAAAGUACAUCGAAAAGGACGCAGCGUUCGAGCGUCGUUUCCAACAAGUUCUGGUCAAGGAGCCUUCAAUCCCCGAGACCAUAUCCAUUCUUCGUGGUCUCAAGGAGCGGUACGAGACACAUCAUGGUGUCACCAUCAUGGACGGUGCUAUCGUCUCUGCUGCCACACUUGCGGCGCGCUACCUUACCCAGCGUCGCUUGCCCGAUUCUGCGGUCGAUCUGAUCGAUGAGGCCGCAGCAGCAGUUCGUGUCACUCGAGAGUCACAGCCCGAAGCACUCGAUAACCUCGAGCGAAGGCACAGACAACUACAAAUCGAGAUCCACGCUCUCUCUCGGGAGAAGGACGAACCAUCACAAGUCCGGCUCAAGGAAGCGCGUGCAGAAGCUGCUAACAUUGAGGAAGAGCUCAAGCCCCUGCGUGAGAUGUACGAGCGUGAAAAGGGACGUAGCAAGGAGAUUCAAGAGCAGAAGCUGAAGCUUGAAGGCCUCAAGACCAAAUUGGCAGAGGCUGAACGUAUGCGCGAUAUUCAAACAGCUUCAGAUCUCAAGUACUACGCCAUUCCGGACGUCGAACAGCGGAUUACCGAGCUUGAGCGAGACAAAGCACGUGCAGAUCAAGAAAUGUGGGCACACCAAGCGAGUGGAGGAGGCGAAGCACUCAUGAGCGACUCUGUUGGACCAGACCAGAUCAACGAGAUUGUUGCCCGCUGGACUGGUAUUCCCGUCACUCGCCUCAAGACAAGCGAGAAGGACAAACUGCUUAAUAUGGAACGUCACCUUAGCCAUGUUGUGGUUGGCCAGCGGGAAGCUGUCACCUCCGUCUCCAAUGCUAUCCGACUUCAGCGGUCUGGUCUCGCAAACCCCAACCAGCCACCCAGUUUCCUCUUCUGUGGUCCGUCUGGUACGGGUAAGACACUUCUCACCAAGGCUCUAGCUGAGUUCCUCUUCGACGAUCCAAAGGCCAUGAUCCGCUUCGACAUGUCUGAGUAUCAGGAGCGACACUCUCUCAGCAGGAUGAUUGGUGCACCACCCGGCUAUGUCGGUCACGACUCAGGAGGUCAACUCACAGAGGCCCUGCGUCGCAAGCCCUUCUCCAUUCUGCUCUUCGAUGAAGUGGAGAAGGCCGCCAAAGAAGUCCUCACCGUGCUCCUGCAACUCAUGGAUGAUGGCCGCAUCACCGAUGGUCAAGGCAGAGUUGUCGAUGCAAAGAAUUGCAUUGUCGUCAUGACCUCUAACUUGGGUGCUGAACAUCUUUCUCGUCCUCAGGGACCCGAUGGCAAGAUCGAUCCCACGACGAAAGAGAUGGUCAUGAACGCACUACGCAACUGGUUCCUGCCUGAGUUCCUCAAUCGUAUCUCCUCCAUCGUCAUCUUCAACCGUCUCACCAAGCGCGAGAUUCGGAAGAUCGUUGACGUGCGCCUCGCCGAGAUUCAGAAACGUCUCAACGCCAAUGGUCGUAAUGUACGCAUCGAAAUGACGAACGAGGUCCGCGAUUACCUUGGCUCGGCAGGGUACUCGCCAGCAUAUGGAGCUCGUCCUCUUGCGCGACUGAUCGAGAAGGAAGUGCUCAACCGCAUGGCUGUGCUCAUCCUUCGUGGCGCCAUCAAGGAUGGCGAGACGGCACGAGUUGUGCUUGACGACGGACACAUUGUCGUCUUGCCGAACCACACUGACAGCGAAGACGAUUCGGAGAUGUACGAUGAAUCCGAUGCUGUAGCUGAUUUGGAUGAUGAUGAAGGUGGAAUGGACCUUUACGACUAA